CAUUUUUAAAAAACUGGCUGGUGUCUGAGUCCUCCUUGAACCACAGUAUGAUUUACUUUUCUAUCCAAAUGUGGAGUGCAAGGAUGGAAUUAGUAAUGAUCAACUGAGUGGGUUGUUGGUUAACUUGCCGUUGGUUACACUCCUCUGCUGUUUGAGCCAGUGACAGGCAGCUCGUGACCGGUCUGUCAAUUCCAGAUGAGGACCACCCCGAGCAGGAUUCAGUAACUUGACCAGCAAGUCAUUUCCCACAACUUCUUAGCUGAUGAACAGGAAAGAACUGGACCUUAACACAUAGUCCGACAUAGGAGGCAUGGAAAGAGCGUCCCAAACACUUACACCUCACUACGGUGUACGGAGUACAAAUGAAGAUGACUAUGAGCCUCCGACCAUGUCUGAACUUCAGCAGUGUCUCUGGACCAGAGCGUCCUCGGGAAAUGUGGACCAAGUUUGGCCGAACCUUCACCUGGGAGAUGCACGGACAGCUCGGGAUAAGUGGGUGCUACGGAGCCUGGGCAUCACACAUAUCCUCAAUGCGGCCCAUGGCAAGUUCAACAUUAACACCGGAGCCGCUUACUACAAGGACAUGAACAUACAAUACUAUGGAAUUGAGGCAUUCGAUGCGACAGAUUUCGACAUGGCUCCCUUCUUCCACCCAGCUGCAAAGUUUAUCAGAGCUGGCCUCAAUACCGUGGGUGGCAAAGUUUUCGUUCAUUGUGCAAUGGGGAUCAGCCGGGCGGCCACUCUAGUUCUCGCCUUUCUGAUGAUCUGUGAGAAGAUGACGCUAAUCGAGGCCAUUAAAACCGUAAGCGCGCACAGAAACAUCUCGCCGAACUACGGCUUCCUUGGGCAGCUUCGGGAACUGGAUAGAGCACUUAUGAGGGAAAGGAGGGGGAGAUGACCACUGACAUGGUGACGUCACUGGGCCACGACCACCAGAGAACUCUCCUGAAAGGAACAAAACUUUACCAACUACCUUCUUCCAAUGCAUGUUAACACACCUUGUUUAUCAGCACCUCGCCUCUGCUCUCACCUGAGAGAGUGUUAGUUACAGUUCCUGUCGCCGCGCUUUGAUUCGGUAGCAGGAACUGGUGCUCCGGCACUUGCAGAGAUUGCUCAUUUGGUUGUUUUGGGGAGAAAGGAGAUUCCGUGCACCUUUCCGAGAGAGAGCGGUUAUUCCAAAAACACGUGGCUGGUGUCAGUGACGACAUUUGAAGCUUUGCUUAGAUCGGCAACACAUCCCAGUGAACAGGGCACCUAACAUAUAAUUUCUCCCAGUAUUUCAAACGGUUGGUGGCAAAUUAACUUGUAUUAUAUGUUAAACUAGACGGAAUAAUAAAAAUUACAACAAGCACCACAUGUCCAACGAUUUAUUGU